AUGAUGGUUCGAAGUUUACCACAAUCCAGUGUACCACAAUCCAAGGUACCACAAUCCAAUGUAUCACAAUCCAGUGUACCACAAUCCAGUGUACCACAAUCCAAGGUACCACAAUCCAAUGUAUCACAAUCCAGUGUACCACAAUCCAGUUUAUCAAAAUCCUCCAAGAGUCGACAAUUCAAUGGGACAAUACCAGAUUCAAAAUUUCGUAAUUUAGCUCAGUUUUCACUUAUGAUUAAACAAGUAAUGGGAAAUUUUGGGCUGGGUUACAAUCGUUACGGAUGCUGGUGUGGUUGGGGUGGUGAGGGUAAAGCAGUUGAUGCUACUGAUCGUUGUUGUGAAGUGCAUGACAAUUGUUAUGGUACAGCUGCGCAAAACAGCCGAUUUGACAUGCGUGUAUUGUUGGUCUUUCUGUUACUUAUUGUAUCCGUCUUGGGUAAAAUUGAUCAAUCAACAGUAGAUAAAGAUAUCGCCGAUUUUGAUAAAUCUACGAAAACGUGGUUGUCAAUGGUACCAGAUUGGUAUUUUAAAAUUCUCGAUUUAAUGUGCAAAGCAGGCACUUGUUGUCCGGAGAAGAUUGGAAAAUUAACACUGGGUCAAGAUGGCUUUUUCAAAUUGUGUCUUGAUGUUCAUCUAAGCUCUCCCGUGACAGCCGAAGCUGAAGAGCAAUGCCCAUCGUUACGUGAAAUAAAAACUUAUUACAAUAGUCAAGGUGCUGAUCGUUUUCACAAACAAUUGUCAUCAUUCAAUCGUGUACAUGAUGUUAUGCUGCGGUCAAGAGCAAAAGAAACGGCUAAAUUUCAACAGGAUUUGGGAAAACUGUAUUGUACCGAAAACGAACUUGAUCAAGACAUGUGCGUAAUGGUCGAUAGAGAAAAAUUCAAAUUACCAUGUGUCAAAGCAAUCAUUCGAGGUUUAGCAACAUCUGAUGAUAUGAAAUAUGAAAAGUUUAUUCAAAUUAUGAAAGAUGGAAAUAAUAAAAUAAUCGAAGGUUUGAAGGAAUUCAAAAAUAUUCAGUAA